AUGUCGAAAUUUGAGGAUAAUCCUUUUAGUGAUCCAACCAUAGACAAUCCGUUUGCUGAUCCUUCGGUCCAGCAAGUAGCCAGAAGCACAACUAAUGCAACCCGUGGUCUAGACGAUUAUAACCCCUUUGAUGGACAGCAAAAUGCAAAUCAACCAAUGGGCCAACAACAACCUUCCCAACCAGCAAUUAUGCAGGCAGUAUCUCCACCUCCUUCCAGUGGACAAUAUACUAGACCAGACCAAUCGCAACAGUCACAGGGUCCACCACAAAAUUUUACCACUGCUGACUUCCAAAGGAGGCAGGAGGAGUUGGAGCGGAAAGCGGAGGAGUUGGCGCGGCGGGAAGCGGAACUGCGAGCGGGCUCCGCCGGCCGCAGGAACAACUGGCCCCCCCUGCCCGCUUUCUGCCCCGUGCAGCCGUGCUUCUACCAGGACAUAAACGUGGACAUACCGCUCGAGUUCCAAAGGAUCGUCCGCCACCUAUACCACCUGUGGAUGUUCCACGCGCUGGUGCUGGCGUUGAACAUCAUCGGCGCCAUGUCUAUGAUGAUCUCCGGCGAGGGCUUCACGAUAUUCGGCCUCUCGAUCCUCUACUUCGUGCUGCUGACGCCGUUCAGCUUCAUAUGCUGGUACCGGCCGAUCUACAAGGCGUUCCGCAGCGACUCCUCGUUCAACUUCAUGGUGUUCUUCUUCAUAUUCCUCUUCCAAAUCAUCAUCACCACCGUCCAGUCGAUCGGCUUCACCGGCGGCGGCUCGUGCGGUCUCGUGACCAGCAUCAGCGCGUUUAAAGUGAACGUGGGCGUGGGCAUAAUCACUCUGUUGGUCACUAUCGGAUUCAUCACUACGGUGGUGGCCGACGUGAUGCUAAUGGCAAAGGUGCACCGCAUCUACCGCUCGACGGGCGCGUCCCUGGCGAAGGCGCAGGCCGAGUUCACGACGGAGAUCCUGCGCAACCAGCACGUGCAGACGGCCGCCUCCAGCGCGGCCGCGGCCGCGGUCAACGCGCAGAUCGCGAACGCCAACCGCUAC